AACAUUCCCACCGAUUACCUUCAUCCGAUACCCCGGAAAAUUUUUGUUCAAUUAAUUAAAUUGAAUCUCCCCGGAGAAUUCGCACCUUGACUUCUUGUAAUGGCAAUUUCGGUGGCUUCUCUGCGGACCGCCUUGCACGCUACGUCAUCGGCAUCGUUGUCAUCGCUUUCUGCGUCUUCUCAUCGCUGUUCUCCUUCUACGGUCUGUCUACUGAGUUCAUCUCACUCGAAGCCAUCCACGAAGCUGAGAACUUCCCUAACUCGUUUUGAAAUACUCAGAUGUACUUCUGGUACUAUUACGCGCACAAGUAACAGUGGCGGUGCUCUCGCUGCUCGCAUGACAUGGGAGGGGCCACUCUCUGCCGUCAAAUUGAUUAUUCAGGGAAAAAAUUUAGAGUUGACUGAUCCGGUCAAGCAGCAUGUGGAAGAAAAGGUGGGAAAGGCAGUUCAAAAGCAUAGUCACUUAGUUAGGGAGGUGGACGUGAGGUUAUCUGUCAGAGGCGGAGAGUUUGGGAGAGGACCCAGAACCAGGAGAUGUGAGGUAACAUUGUUUACCAAGAGGCACGGAGUAGUCAGGGCAGAGGAAGAUGCAGAGACCCUUUAUGGAAGUAUAGAUUUAGUGUCAUCAAUCAUCCAGAGGAAGUUGAGGAAGAUAAAAGAAAAGGAAUCAGACCAUGGUCGCCACAUGAAGGGAUUCAAUAGGCUGAAGGUCAGGGAGCCUGAAACGGCAGUACCCCAGGUUGAGACAGAGACGCCCCCAGGGCCAGAAGAGGCGGAAAUAUUAUCUGAUGAGGUUGUCCGCAUGAAAUACUUCGACAUGCCACCAUUGACUGUAUCUGAAGCAAUUGAGCAGCUGGAAAAUGUUGAUCAUGACUUCUACGGUUUCAGAAAUGAAGAAACCGGGGAGAUUAAUAUCGUGUACAAAAGAAAAGAAGGAGGUUAUGGACUCAUUAUACCCAAAGGUGAUGCUGAAGCUGAGAAAUUGGAGACUGUGGUCUUAUAACUGACUAGAGAACACUUCCUGCAUGAUUGGGUGGUACCCAUGGAGAACUCUUUUAGUGAGGACUCUAGAGCUUGCAAAUGAUUUGCCGAUACUAAUAGCCAUUGCUUUGGAGUUAGAAUGGAGGCAUUGGCGGUUAAGUGUAAAUUUAGUGUUCAAAUAUGAUGUAACCUUGGACUACCUGCUAUUUUAACCUGGCAUACAGUACUUGCUUUGCUCUUGUUAUGAUACAUAGAUAAUCAUAAUUUCAUCUCAGUCUUUUAUA